AAAAGUGAGACUGAGAUGGUAAAAGAGAGUAGUGUGAAUUGCAUUAAUAAAUAAUACGUGCACUACAAAUGUAAGCAACAGCUGGGAGGAAGGUACAGUAUUAGUCUACCGGUGGGCGGUAAUGUUUACCAACCACAAAGAAGAAGAAAAAAAAGCCGAAGAAGAGUCGUCUCCCGGUAGCCCGUUGCUAACUCGGUUUCCAUGGAGAUUGGUUUCAGUUUCCCGGAUGUUCCAGUUUCCUCUGUUCAACAUGGCGUCGGGAAAGUAAGACUUCGGCUAAUAUCACACAGUUUGCCCUGAAGUUAGUCCGCUCCCGCCCUUCUGAUUUUUGGAAAGUUUCCAAGUACGUCGCGGGGUCGGCAGAAAAAGUUUUCCUGGGACAUCCCUGGUCUGAUGCUCGGCCACAGCUGCCAUCAUGUUUGCCAAAAAGAAGAAGUCUCGUAUCCAGAUCUCAGCUCCGUCCAACUUUGAGCACCGUGUGCACACGGACUUUGAUGAGCAGGAGCAGAAGUUUGUCGGGCUGCCGCGGCAAUGGCAGUCACUCAUCGAAGACACGGCGCAGAGGCCCAAACCCUUUAUUGACGCGACCAUCAUCACUACUGUAGAACCGCGAAAGACCAUCGUACGCGGCAGCAGGAUGGGAACAGAGUCUCUAACAUGGCUGCUGGAUGAGUUCGACACCAUGUCCGUGACUCGCUCCAACUCCCUGCGGCGAGGGAGUCCUCCCACGCACCCUCGCAGGGACUCGAGCUCUUCAGGAGGAGGUGGAGGGCAGGAGAACGGAGAUCCUCAAUACAGACACUACUCAGACAGACAAGACAGAGACCGACCCAGACAAGACCAGCAGAGCGGAGGUGACCCCCGCCACCAGGGUCAGCGUGGGGUCCGUCCUCCUCAGACAGAUGAGGUGAUCCAGGGCCGCCCCCAACAGCAGCCCCGAGGCCAAGAGCCCAGCAGAGCCCAGAGGGACAGACAAGCCCCCCCUCCUCCCCCUCACAGAGACAGACAGCCUCGGGACAGAGACCAGCGGGAUCAGCCUGGUGACCAUAGGCCAAAGUCCAGCUACGUGGCACGGGACGGCAGUCCUCAGUCUCCCAGGGACAAGAGGCCUCUCUCAGGACCCAACAUACGCACCCCAAAUCUGCCAAUGUCUGAGGGAGUGAUGAAAACUGCUCAACAAGCCACACGGCCGUUUAACACAUACCCGCGGACAGAGAGCGAUGGCGGACGCAGCCCCACAGGACAGGUGGGUCGACACCAUGAGUCCUCACCUCAGAACGGCCCCUCUAGCGGCUCCGUCCGAGGUUCCUCUGGCUCAAAGCCCCCUAUAAGCCACCCACACCCUCAUCACUCUUCCCACCCCAUCCUGGCCCCUGAGUCCUCCCAGCUCCCGCACACCCCUCACCCCAACGUUCCAGCCCCACGACCCCCGGUACCGUCUGGGCCCGCUGCAUCGGGUGCUCCUCCUCAGGGCCGCUCACCACAGAGGGAACCCCAGAGAGUUUCCCAUGAGCAGUUCAGAGCGGCGCUGCAGAUGGUGGUCGAUCCGGGCGAUCCGCGGACCUACUUGGAUCACUACAUUAAGAUUGGUGAGGGCUCCACAGGGAUUGUGUGUAUUGCUACGAUGAAAAACACAGGAAAACUGGUCGCCGUGAAGAAGAUGGACCUGAGGAAACAACAGCGCAGAGAACUCCUCUUCAAUGAGGUGGUGAUCAUGCGGGACUAUCACCAUGAGAACGUGGUGGAGAUGUAUAACAGCUACCUGGUGGGAGAUGAGCUCUGGGUCGUCAUGGAGUUCAUGGAGGGAGGAGCGCUCACUGACAUCGUGACACACACAAGGAUGAAUGAGGAGCAGAUCGCCACAGUGUGUCUGUCUGUCCUGAAGGCGUUGUCUGUCCUUCACACACAGGGUGUGAUUCAUAGAGACAUAAAGAGCGACUCCAUCCUCCUCACUCAUGAUGGACGGGUGAAGCUGUCCGACUUUGGUUUCUGUGCACAGGUGUCUAAGGAAGUGCAGAGAAGGAAGUCUCUGGUUGGAACUCCAUACUGGAUGGCACCAGAGCUCAUAUCCAGAUUACCUUACGGACCAGAGGUGGAUAUCUGGUCUCUGGGUAUCAUGGUCAUAGAGAUGGUGGAUGGGGAGCCACCGUACUUCAAUGAGCCGCCACUCAAAGCCAUGAAAAUGAUUCGAGACAACCUGCCACCCAAACUGAAGAAUCUGCACAAGGUCUCUCCUCUGCUCAAAAGCUUCCUGGACCGGAUGUUAGUGCGAGACCCGGCUCAGAGGGCCACCGCCAGCGAGCUUCUCAAGCACCCGUUCCUGUCGAAGGGGGGGCCGCCGUCCUGCAUCGUGCCUUUGAUGCGGCAGAACAGGAUGAAGUGAGAUAAUACGCGCCACUAAGACGCCUGGACUCUGGAGAUGGUGUUACAGGAUACUCCUGCACACACAGGAGUGACCCUCGGAGGUCACAGACAGGAGACGUGAAAACAGGGUGUGCAGGAGUAUCCUCUGUGAGUCACUGAACUGCGAGAGUGAAUUCCCUAAAACAAACAGAGGCAGUAAAGUGGAGUGUGUGUGUGUGUUUCAUACUUGUGUGUGAGCAGCAGAGCAGCCUCCUGUAAACACUUUUACCUGAAGAGCCUCACCUGGAAAGAUUAAGAACUGUGGAUCUUUUGUUUUUCUCCUAUCUGUGGACCUUACCUGGAUUUGAGGUGUGAAGGUGAGGUUUUGCACACCAGUCUGAUGCUUUGAAGGAGCUGAGAGCCCAUUGGCUGAUUUUUAACAUCACUAUAGGACAAUCUGUAAGCCGAUUUUCUUUCUUUCGUUUUUUUUUUCCCUGCGUUCGGAGACUGUCCUCAUCACAGCCAGAACUUACUACUGAGAGAGGAAAUCUUGUGGCUCCGACUUUAUUCUGUAGCCUUAAAAACACUAAUUUCCUGUCGUAAACAAGCAAGCGUACACUAAGUGAAAAAGUAAACACUGGAGUCGUGGUUUCAGAUGAAUUUUCUUCUUCUUUUCUCCUGAAGUACAAUGAACAUAGAGAGCUAUAUCACUUGUGAUGUUAUACUAUCUCUGUUUUGUGAUUGUUUUAUUGUUAUUGUAAAGUGUUUCCUGGUUUAUUUUAGAGUGAGAUGUGAUAAUUGUUUUUCUUAAGCACUGUUGACGAGAGAUAGAAGCUGCACUCCCAGUUUUAUUUUGUUUUUUAGAUAAAGACCACAUACAGCACACACACACAGCCUCUUAAACCUGGGUCUGAGUCACCCCCUGGGUUUGGUUGAUUUUCACUCGUGUUUUUAGAACAGUAGGGUUUAAACACUCAACGCUCACUCGACAAACUAGAAAACGAGCCUGAGCUGCUGAGCUGAGUUUUUAUUCUGUGAUCGUUUGACGUUUUUGUUAGAAGUUUCCAGCUGCUGACAUUGUUCCUCUGCUUGUUUCGUGUUUGAUUGCCCUCCUGCGAGUCCACUCUGAAAUAAGAUAACACCAGGUCUCUGUCACCCAGAGGCUUUUAUUUAUAGGACCAUGUUAACACUAUUCCACCUCACAAACAGAAGUGUCAGCCAUGAUUAAGAAAAGCAGCUUUGUUGUCGAUGAGCUGUGCUGCUCACACUCCAGUGGACAGUGUCUGUUGGAGCUUUAACACUCGUGUGAAAAUCAGCUUCCAGCUGCUAAUAAUGUAGAGAUGUUUAAAAGCUAAAGAAAGCACAAGACCUGAGGCACAGAUUUACCCUUUAAGGACAGGUCACCAAAAUCAGGCUUGUUCAUUUUUUCCUCAUUAAAGCCUUUGCUUUAAUAUAAUUCAACUAAAUGGUUAUUAAAGUGCUGAAAAAUACGUCUGCAGAGCUUGCCAUCAUUGUAACCGGUUACUCAAACGAACGGUUUGUUUCAUGGGGGAACUAUUUUUUUUUUUUUCAAGUGAAAAGAAGCAUGUAGCCUGCUAUCAUUAGAGAUCAGCCGAGAGGGAGGACAUUAAUGUUGUGGUGCAGCGUCUGUUUAUUCAGCUCUUUGGCUGCACAAAGAGAGGAACUGUGCAAAUUCAACCAGCACAGAUGCUUUAGAGUGUCUGCGGUCCUCCAAAAUGCCAACAGGGUUGGGUCAGAUGCUGAUUGGUUAAUAAUCUGGCUCAGCAAGAGAAAAGAACAGCAAUAAGCUCAUUGCAAAGAGGAAGAAAUGCAACCAAAAGAAACUGGCUAAAGUGGAAAGUUUUCAUUCAUUUUAACACUCGGUUUAGCUACAGAGAAGAAAGAGAAGCCCGGUGUGUAUUUUGACUUCUGUCCCCUAAAAACAGUCAGCUGCUGGACCAACAACAGCACAGAGUUGACCAUAUUUUUUGGCACCACUUUGGUGACAGUACAAGUUUCAAUAUGUAAAUGUGGACCUGGAAGCUCUGCUGGUGCACAACCAUUAGCCUCUCGACACGGGCCGCUUACACUUCCUUCUGGAGAAUGAUACGCUUUCAGAUGUGGUUUGGUUGAGAAAAAAUAGUUCCUGCAUGAAAAUUCUUGAUUUUUGUAUAAGGGCACUUCUGCUGAGCUUAUCGUGCUUUCAGGACUAUUUCGUUCCACAGUUUUGUAGAUCCAUGUUCUCCAAACCUGCGCAACUCGCACCAAAACAAUCUAAAUGGGUAAAGAGCGCUGAUGGGUAGAAGACGAAUAUGGAAAUGUGAUCUUUUUUUUUUCCGGCCUGCCCUUCCUCUUUUAAUUUUCUUGCAGCUCAUAGAAAUCAUAACUGUUACCAAAUGAUGAUGACUCAAGUCUCAAAUUCCUCCUUAGAUGGCUGAAAUCGACUGACAGUAUCACAGUUCGCUAAAAAUAAACUAAAACCUAAAUUUGAAAAAAAAUAGAAGAGAUCUCUUCAGUUUCAGUCAAAUAUCUUAAGUAAUCCGAGGAUUGGGCUGUCUACACGACCACAUUAUAGCACUCAAACAUGCAGACCCACUCAGGAAACUGAUUUUAAACGAAGAAUUUUUAAAUAAAUAAAGAUAUAAACUUAUAAAUGAAAACUACUUAUAAUAGUUCAGUUUGAUUUUUUUGUUUUUUUUAUGCUUCUGCCCUGACGAUCCUAAGACCGGAAAACAGAAGUCCUUCCAUGAAAACUUAGUCCGUUCUUCCCACCUGACCCGCUCAGAAUCAGCUGAUUUUUUUCAUGUACAAUAACUUUAGUAUAUUUCAUGAAGCCGCGCAUAAUUUUGCCUUCAUGCUGUGAAAACUUUUUGGUCACGGACCAUCAAGAGUACAAAACUUUGCACUUUUAAUGAACAGCAAGCCUCCAUUAGGGGCUGUAACUCUGAAGGUAUGAAGGUAAAAUGUUGCACAGCUUCAUUCCAUAAACUGAAGCUGGUGUACAAAAAGCAGUCAGCUGAUUCUGAGGGGGUCAGGCUGGGCACAGUUUCAGACUUAACUACCCGUCUGAGAUCUGUGCAGUGUGUGGCUGUGAGCAGUCGUUCUUAGAACGAUGGAAGGAAAGCUGUUUCUGCUGUGAUCCAGCGCCCUGCAGGGAGACGGAGAUAAACAACCUGCAGACGCAUUCCUAUCUCAGGCUGUUUCCAUUCCUUCUUUGUCUUCCAGUUCAGCCUCCACAUCCGACCAGAACUCGGUCAGGUGGCUUUUUAUAAACUGCCAACCCAGAAUACUUCCAAUCGAUGGACACAGGGAAACAUGUAGCACACUUACAGGUGCCUUCUGCUUUUUGGAAACACACCUGAAGGUGUAUGAUUGGGUGGCCUUUGGCACAUUUACUGUACUUGACAUAAAUGUAUUGUUAACCAUGCUGACACAGCAGCUGUCUAACUGGCGUAUUUGAAGCUUUGUACAAAGAGCAGCAGCACAGAGUAGAAGCACAUCAAAGCAGGAAGUAGGUUUUAGUUCAAGCUCAUUGUUUCCUAACAUUGUUUAUCAUUUCUGCAAGGCACAGCUAGCUGCGGUUUGAAGAUGGUUAAAAUGACACCCUCUUUUCCAGUUGCACAGGACUGCUGGAGUAUUUUGCAAGUCCAAAAUAACACUUUUUUUUUUUAUCGCAGGGUGCAGUUCAUCCUCCAUCUGAGAAGAGCUGUUUUAGCUCCACCCCCUUUAACCCAACUAACUUCUGAUUAAGAAUCAUUUUUGACCCAUCCAUUUCAUUCACUUUCCAGCUCAGUGCUCGACGCUGUCCCACUUUAAUAGGGUGAGAAACAGGGAACAGAUGUGACAGUUUGGAUGACUAUUUGACUGGUCAGUGAAAAAAUUGUUUUAAAUUAUUCACACCUUCCCUUUUUUAGCGAUAGACUGUAUAUAAAAGAUGUCUGACUGUGCAUAAACUGGAUAAUCAGCAUCUGACUCUAAUAAUGAAAUAUUUACAAAAAAGACCUCUAUACAGCCAGAGUAGCUGCCCCCUUCUGGACAUUUAGAAGAACACAGGUGUAAAGCUUUGUUUUUGACACUGGAUUGCUUCUGUGGUUUUUAUCAGACGUGAUAUCAGUGAGCCUUUACUCUGUUUGCCAAUAACAAAAAUAAAAGAAGACAACCUGCUCCUGGCGUCCAGGCAACAGACCGGUAGGGCCUCCGCACUGACGCUGACGUGUCCAACUCCUUAACGAGGUCCAGUGUAACUGGUCUCUGUGUUUUGGGUCAGGGAGCGAUCUUUGACAAACCCCAGCUUUAAAAAAACAACAGCUUACACAACGCUAGUCAUUUUCCUUUGGUUGGAGGCCAAAACAUGUUUGGAAGCAGCUGCUCGAUAUUUGAAACUUUGGCCUUGUUUUCAGGGAUUUUUCCAGUCUUAAAACGAGCCUUUAUGCACGUGAGAACAUGUCAACAGGGUCUGUGUUACCUUCACUGGUAGAAAUGUGUGAUUUCAGCUUACUUCAGACCAUUUCAUAAACAAAAACAGUACGCCUGUGUUAAUGACACCCUGGUUUUCUUUGGCACAGGCUAAAAGCUGGAAUUUCUGCAGGUUUAAUAUCCACUGCCCUGACAGCAGAGAUGUGGUAGUAUAUAAGGAAAAGCAGAACCAGAACCAUUUUAAUGAUGCAGGCUGAAGGAUUUCUCACUGAGAGCAGCAUCACCCUGCACAGUUUCACAGUUUUUCUUCUGUGGUCACAUUAAAGACGCAGACUCCAUUAGGCGGCACCUCAACCUCGGGGAAAAGCUUUCUUUCAGCUGCUUUAACCUCUAAUCAUGUAAUAAUGUGUUGACUUUUUAGCUUCGGGAGCUCAGCACUGAAGUGCCCAUGCCUUCCGGCUGUUUUUCAUAAAAGUGGAGGUGGAAAAAAAUAAUUUCCACCCCAUGAAAACGUGCGUUACGAUAUUUUCCAUGCCCGGGUUUCAUCUGCAUGUUUUUGUGCCACCACAGGAUGAACGUAGGUUAAUUGUAAACCUCGUCCCUGCCGCUCUUUUUUUUUUUUCUUUCUUCCUCUUCAGAAGCAUCCGCUCAGUUGAAACGUCUCGCAGGCGUUUUGUACUUUGUCUUCUUGGCAGCUUCCCAGACUGUAAAUUAUCAUCUGGAUGUGUUCUGUGGUGAAAAAUGGAGCAGGCCGGUAAUGAGUCACCGAGCGCGAAAGGCGAAUGAAAUGUCGGACUGGAUGACAAUCUUUAUUUAGUGAUUGAAACACUCUGAACUUUGCUGUUCUCUGUUUUGUGUCUCAGUUUUGAUUAUCGAUCCCAGAUUAGCCUCUAAAUUCAUCUUUAAAGUGAACCUUUUCACACUGAUUAACAUGAAGACUGGCCUCCUGCUAAUGCUGCUGAUUCUUGUUGGGUUUUUAUUGGCUGUGUUUCCUGCUGAACUUUGUUAAUCUGUUAUAAGUUGCUGGUUAAAAUGACUGGAUCAUACUGGGGCCACUGGAAAAGCAGAAUGAGAGUCCAACUCUUGUUUGUUUGUUUUGAAGCCACAUCAGCCACACCAUUAAAACCACUUAAACCUUGUCACUAAUGUGGGCAGCUCUGGUCUGUCUGGAGUAGGACUGCAUGUGUGGCAGCAGUUCUUUGGGGUCUCUGUGGAUCAGGCACCGGCCUUUUAACACAUCAGAAGGUCAUGGGUUCAAACCCUGGCCAUUUGCUUCCUCUUCCAGUGCCUCCUCAGGCUUUCUCUGGAAGAACAGUGUAGGCUAUCAUCUUCCGCAUAGAGACAGGGGAGGACAUCCAGGAGGCUUCCCCAGCAUGAGAGCCUCGUUCACCUGUUCAGCCAAAGCCCGUGACCCAGCAUGGAUCAGCUGAACUACAAAAGCUGUACAAGGUCGUGGCUUCUGCCCUCAUUUCUCCUUCUCCUUCUUCAUAACUCAAUUUCCUUCGGGGUCAACCUUCAGGAUCAAUAAAGUUUUAUUGAAUUGAAUUGAAUUGAACUCCACCAGUCUGUUUUAUCUGUGUAAAAUGUCUCACCUGCCUGUCCUCCACGCUUCAUCGUGCCCUUCACACACUUUCAUCAACAAUAAAAAAGGAGAAUAAAAAACUGAAAAACAAAAGCAGCAGUCAGAAUCGCUCUCGUUUCCUCUCGUUUUGAGAUGAUGGAUGAGUUGCUGCUCCACACGUGCACUCCUUCCAGCGAGUGCAGGCGGCGACAUCAGUGAGGAAGAUUAAAUGUAAAUAUUAAUUUAAAAAUAUUGAUUAAAUGAAUUGGUGCAAAAACAAGAUUCUCCCAACACUGAGAAACGUGUUUGUUUAACACAACCAAAAGAAAUGUUUUAGCUCAACAGGAAGUCUGUGUCCAGCUGUGAGAAACCGCAGCUGUCGGGGAGCGCUGGCAGGAGUACAACGUGUUCAGGUCACCUGUGAGAGGUUUGAGUGUUGUGGCUCAUUGAAACCGUUAAUCUAGAUUUGCUUUAGUUUGUGCUUUCCGGUUUAAUCGGUCACUUCACUGCCCUCAAACCUGCGAUGCACAGAGAAACUGGCACACACGAGACCAACGGCUUCGGUCUCGUAAUUUUUAACUUUGUUCUGCAAAUGUUUCACGUGUUUUUCUUGCAGUGGAAAAGUUUUGGCACGUCUGGUUCGUGAGUCGAACAGAACAUGUCCACGAUGAAGGUCUAAUAUGAAACAUUGCAAGUAAAAUAAAUAUAUUUUUGGAUGUUAAUGCGCAGGAGUCUGUUCAUAGCUGUUUUUAAGUUUUCUUUCUGUUGUGUGUGGAGUUUUUGUUUUUGUUUUUUUUAUUUUAAUUGUUCCAAACAGCGGCCCUGAUCCCGGGUCAGAUCGAGUCCCUUUUAGUCUGGUGACAGUUUUUUGUCAUGUUGUAAAGACACUCUGUUUUUUGUAUCAGCCCUGUUUGAUCAGCUGUCCUUUAUCAAUGUGAAUCUUGUUUAUCUGGUGUGCCAGAUGUUUAAGUAGCCGUAGCUACGUGUCCGUGGACCAGAUUGUACUGCUGUGUGUGCAGACGCGUCACGAUUUCAUGCCUUAACAUUCACAGUCACUACUUGACAGACGAUUAACUGACUCUGACGCUGGGACUGCCGGUGACGGGGAGAAGGACACUUCCAUGAUGCUUUAUCCUCUUCUCAUCUCACAUAUCUGAGGGGUCUUCAUCAUUUAAACAUGCUUAAAGUGACAGCUCUCACUGACAUUCCUCACAGACAUCUGAUUGAUUGAUGGGGGCAGAGAAGAGGUCCAGUCCAAAAGGAUUUUUUUUUCAGGAAGCAGGGCUGCUAACUUUCAUUUGUCCUACAGAUCUGUCAGAGGCGUCCUGUGGAUCGUUUUGUUAACUGGGUUCAGGGUUUAGUGCCUUUCUUUGAGGCAUCGUUUUUAAAAGUUUUCCUGCUUCUUGGGAAAACUCCUGCAGGACCUCCCUCUGGUUUCCACAGCGAACGAGUAACUGACUGGAAUAAAACACGUGAAGGGGAAACAAAUGGACUGUUCAGAUUUCCACUGACUUGUUGAAUAUCUGAUUUUGUUGAUGUGUUGUUUUGUCAGACAUGCGAGCGACUACCUGCACCGACUCGUUUCUGUAAAUGUCACUGGUGUUGUAAAAACAUAGAUUUUACUCUGCAAAUUUUACUUUUUUGCAAAUACAGUUUUUGUAAAGAUC